AUGGCCGAGCAGACUCCCCGUAUCACGGCAGACUACCUCGAGAAGUUCACCCAUCGCACCGUACGCAUCCUCGGCAAGGUGACGCAGCUGCGCGGCGAGCAGGCCACCAUCGACGCCGGCGGGUCCAUCAACCUGCACCUGAACCGCGACUCCCAUCUGACAUUGAACAAUGCCGUCGAGGUCAUUGGCAAGGUCAACAGUGACUUGAGCGUGCGCGUUCUCACGUCCACUGACUUCGGCUCCAAUAUCGACUUCACUGCCGCCGAGGCAGUCGUCGAUGCGACGCAUCGCUACAAGGAAAUUUUCUACACCGAAGACUGA